AUGACGGCUCCUGCAUCGGAACCUGAGAGCAUUGCCUCUCUGGAGAGGACGUGGAAUGCCGACAAGUCGGAGCUCGAGCGUUCGCAGAGGGUGCUGCAGCAACUUCGAGCCAUACUGCUGCCGCUGCAGCAGAGGCUGGUCGUCUACUCCGAGUUUCCUGAAUUGGAGGCCACCGCAUCGGCCUGCCUUUGGACAGUCUCGAUGCCGUCGGCACGUGUAAGUACGGCUCUUGUCCUACCUGUUGAAAAUCGGCGAGCGAAGACAUGCACUGCGUCUGUGCUGUCUGCUGUUGCAGCGGAGCUGGGAGAAGCUGAAUUAGAGGCAUCCCCACCAGAUGAGGGCGACGACGGUAGUCCUGCUGCCGAGCCGAACGAUUCCACGCAGCACGCUGCCUCUCAGUCUCCUGGGGCUGAGCUCCUUCUAGAGCUUGAGGAGAUUUUUGAUGCAUGCGCUCCACCCAAAGGGUGUCUGUGUGAAGGGUCUUUCCAAAGAGUGGUGGCUUUCUUGAACGAGCGGUUCGGUGUGGGAAUUCAAUGUCACGACGCAGAGCGGCUUCGGAUUCAAUGCCUUAACGGACGAGGCGAAGUUGAUCGCCAGGUAUUUCUCAGAGAGGUGGGCACGCUCUUGAAGGCACUCAGGUCUUCUCAGGGCCUCUCACUCACACAGCUUCGGAUCAUCAUGGCGACGGCCUUUGAGCGCUUCGACACGGAUGCAGAUGGCAACAUCAGCGAGACCGAGUUUGCAGCGGCCUUAUCCAGCUGCGACAUCCAUCUGAGUGGGCCUGAAAUAGCAGUGCUUUUGAAGCUCUUGGCGCCGGGCUCCUCGCACGACGCUGCCUCUGUGAUGAGGGAGGAGCAAGUUCAGGCAGCUUUCGAGGGCGCGCGCGAGAAUUUGGCCGAAGCCACGGGAUGGAACAGUGCACUGAAGAUGGCAGAGCGGCUGCUUGCCGUUUUCAACGAACCAGGCACCCCGAAGAGCCAGCUUUACCGCACGAUCGCUGCUUUUGUCGGCAAGGAUGUGACAAGUGAGAUGCUGGCUGACACAAGUGAGCUUCUCAUCACCUUGGCAAGUGUGGUGCUCGUGUUGCAUGCCCACAGCCCUGAAGGGCAGAUGCUUCCGGCUGAAUGGCUGGAUCAGUUCAAAGUCCUUGCAAAUGACAUGUCCGGUGCAUUCAACGACCUGUUCGAAUCCGGCCCAAUGGGCCCGGUCCUGUUGUCAGGGCUUCUAGGAGCCUUCAAAUCCCUGCGGACCCAUGAGCAAGUGUCCCUGAACGAGCGAGAGGCUUUGCUUUUUGCUCGUGGCUUUCACGACAGAGGUUGUUCUACGACUCUCUUUCAGAAGUUGCUGGCAUGUGGGCAUUGUCAAUGGACAUCCGCUGCAGCAGGAGACGUGUUGCAGGGAUCGACGACAUGGCAGAUUCAAGUUCUUGUCCGUGGGGAAGUAGAAACGUGGAGUUCAGAGAAAAGUCUGACUAUCCAACCCGGCGAGGUCGUGAAGAGGUGCUGUGAUGGCGAGAAGAUGAUUGCAUCCACCGGUGCGUUGUAUGUCACCCUUGAUGCUGAACAGCUGGCCCAGUGCAUUCAGAACUCCUCAGACAGUCUCCUUGUCGCGUUGGCCAAGGAGCUUUUGGAGGAUGCCGGGAUCGAAGAAGCGGCCGAAGUGGAAAGCCGUUCCGAACUGGGCACUGGGGAGGGCCCUCAGAGCCCGGAAAGCCCGGCUGGAUGGCUUUCGCCUCUCAAGGCUGCCCUGCAGGUGCAAGCCAAGCGAAAGGGGUUCUCAGUAUGCACAGAAAUCACCGAUGGCCUACAGCACAUCAUAUCACAAACGGAUAUUUCCAUGCCGGAGAAAUUGGAGAGGUGUCGUGCUUUAGUCCUCGACAAUGCAGAUGUUUUCGUUGAAAGCUUCGAGGCGCUCGUGGACAUAACUGGAGCUUGUUCUGCACUUCUUGCUCUGUGGAACCAUUCUUCAGCUCCGACACCCGAGAACAUUCUCCAGCUGGCUCCAAUAAUGAUUCUCCUGAGUCUAGUCGCUGUGCAUGCUGCACGUCGUGGUGCAUCUACCGUUUUUAGCUCCCUGGGUGUGGCGAGUCCAUAG